AUGGCAUUAGACCGACCAUCCACCCCACCGCCUCAUCCCGAGACUGUGGAGCCAGGGCAGCUCCCACGAGCGCCGCUGACUCCGGAGCAGCUGCGGCGAAUUGAAAUCAAUCGGAUGAAAGCGAAGGCCAUCCGUGAGCAACGAGAAAGCGAACGAGCGCGAGCAUUAGACACAAACUCCAACACCGCACAGUCAACUACAGGGGUCAAGCGAUCCUAUUCCAACCUGACGGCAUCCGAAACGCCUGCCACGCUACGCGAUGGCCGUGCCAAUGCCGAUGCGACGAACCGACCCCUGGACGCUAUCAAGCCAGCACGCAGCUUCGCCAAAUAUGUCGACUACGACUUCAGCAAGAUGACCGAUACGAAGGGAGGGUUCUUGACGGAGGAUGAUGAUCCUCAUAACCGCCAGUUGCACGUACGAGACGGCAAUGUCGAGCAGAAACCGGCGCAUCUGACGCAGAAGGAGUGGGAGAACCAACGGCUACUAGCUUCGCUUCGACAAAAUCGGACGGGCCCAUUUGAACCAGGUUUAAGUGUCCUGGACGACAAGGCGAAACAGAAAGCUUGCCGUGAAUGUGGGAACCUGGAGAUAGAUUGGAAGUGGGAGGAAACGCUGCGGUGCUGUAUCUGCAACGCCUGCAAGGAAAAGUUCCCGGAGAAAUACAGUCUGCUUACCAAGACGGAGGCAAAGGAAGAUUAUCUCUUGACGGAUCCCGAACUGCGCGACGAAGAGCUACUGCCCCACUUAGAGCGUCCUAACCCCCAUAAGUCGACAUGGAACAACAUGAUGCUUUUUUUACGCUUCCAAGUUGAAGAAUAUGCCUUAUCCGCAAAGAAGUGGGGAUCCGCCGAGGCACUGGAUGCCGAAUUCGAGCGACGAGAGACUGUUAAAAAACGUCGCCGGGAAGAUAAAUUCAAAUCCAAGUUGCAAGACCUCAAGAAGCGAACGCGAGUCGAUGCCUAUCGUCGUAAUCGCCAAGGGGCUGCAGGCGGAAGCUUCGGAGAUGACCUGGGGAACAAUAGAAAGCAUAUUCAUCAAUGGGGCCGGUCCGUCGAGAAUCCUGAGACGGGGAUCGGACUCAAAACAUGCGUGGACUGUGGGAUGGAGGUGGAGGAGCUCGAGUUCUAG